CAGCAGACUGCCUAGAUAUUCAAAUUUUUCCACAUUUUCUAUGGUGUAUCUAUUUUUAUAUAGAACACAAAAUGAUUUAGAAACAGCUCACGAAGAAAUUCAAAUACAUAAAAAUGAACUUUCUCGUGUACGUCAACAAUUGUCACAAAUUGAACAGAGUCGAACACAAUUACAAAAUGAAUUAGAACAAAUGAAACAACAAUGUCGACAAUUCGAACAACAAAUAUCAGAUAAAGAUGAAUCAAAAAAGAAUGUUGAUCUUGUUGUUGAUCAAUAUCGACAACAAUUAACUAAUGAAAAAGAACUUCGAACAAAGACAAAUUCUGAAUUAGAAAAUGUUCGAUUGAAAUUAACGCAAUUAACUAAUGAAUAUGAACAAUUAAAAAUAUCGACAAAUGAAUUUGAAACAAAUGAAGUAAAUACUCGACGAAAAAUGGAUGAAGCGAAUCGAACACGACAAGCUGUUCUUGAUCGGACAAGAGAUGAAUAUGAAAAAUUAUUAAGAAAAUAUAAUGAUCUCGAUGAAGUUUAUCGUGAAUUAGUUACCAUUCGAGAAAAAGAUACUUCAGAUUCUUCAAUAAUUCGUCGUGAACUUGAAAAUUUACAUACUGAAAAUAUUGAAUUAACUAAACAAAAAGAAACACUUUGUAUUACACAUGAUCUACAGAUAAAAAAACUUCAUGGUAAUUAUGCAACUAAAUUACGUGAAGCUGAACAAUGGCCUGAUCGUCUUCAAACAGAAUUAAAACAUGAACGUGAACAACAUCGAAUACAAAUGAUUGAAUUAGAACGGCGUCUUAAAGAAAAUUUUUCAGCUGAAUUAGAUAUUGAAAAACAAAAAACAAGUGGUCUCUUACGUAAAUAUGAACAAGAUAGUGGUCAUUCAACACAACAACUUCGACAUGAAUUGAUUUCAACUGAAAAAGUAACGAUUGAACAACGUCAAUAUUAUGAACAACAAAUUGAACAACUUCAACGAGAUAAAAAUGAUUUAAAAAAAGAAUUAGAUACAUUGAGAGAUGUUUUAAAAGAAUUACAUCAACAAAUGAAUAAUCAAGAUUCACUGAAUAAUGAUCGAGGUCAUAGUUUAAAAUUAAAAGAAGAUUUAUUAGAAAAAGAGAAUAAUUUAUUUCAAGCACAAUCAACUAUAACUGAAUUAAAAAAAGACUUAGAACAAGCACGAGAAGAAAUGAUAACAUUACAAGAAACAGUACAUAAAGAAUGUACAGAACGUGAACAGUUAAAAGAUGCACUUAUUGAAGCACGUCAACAAUUAUUAUCAUUGAAAAAGAAUGGUGUUCUAAACGGAACAGCAUCUCGAUCACUUCAUUCUCCACCUGUAGCUUUUGAAGAAAUUGAACGACGUGUUUCUGGUCCUCUUCCAUAUUCGCAUCCACAAAAUCAACAAUUAGCAUCUAUAGCUCAUAAUAAAAAUUCUUCUUACAUUCAUUCAGAACCGCCAUCACGUGAUAGUAGUAUACAUGGUGAUGCUGCUGAUACUAUUGCACGACCAAUGUCUUCAACACAUAAUAUUCCAUAUCGUCAUAAAACUUUACCACCUAUACAUCCACAGCAGCAACAACGCCGUAAUGGAAGCGGUCCAGCAUCAAAUAAAUCUGAGCAAUUAUUAGAAAAUCAACGACGUAUUGCACGUUUUAUUAAAAAUAUCAAAUAA